AUGAUAAGCAGUACAUCAAGAUUAUUACUUAAAAAUAGAUCAGUCAUAUAUAAAAGUUGUUUAAAAAGUAAUAAUGGAAACAAUUAUUACAUAAAUCAAAUAAAUAAUAUAAAUAAUAAUGUCGAAAUAUUGAAAUCAAAAAGAUUCAAUCAAAAUGGAAGUGCUGAUAAUCAAUGUAGGAAUAGUUUAUUAAGUACAACUUUUUUAAUAAAUAAUAGAACGAAUCAAUUAAAUAGUUAUAGAUAUUCAACAACCAACAACAAUGAUGAUUAUUCAUUCAGUUCACCAUAUUUCUCAACGACAUUAUCGACCGCUUUACAAAAUAAAUUAAAGAUGAUGUCAAAUAAAUAUACAACUUUGAAGAGUUUAAUGGAGUCUCAAACAUUAUCACAAGAAGAUAUAAAGAGAACAUCGAAUGAUGCUCAACAGAUAGAGGAGAGUGUCCAAUUGUUUAGGCAAUAUGUAAAUGAAAUUGGGAAUAUCAAAGAGUUAAAGAUGAUGUUGGAUAUGGAGAAAGAAGAAGCAUCGAGGGAAAUGAUUAUUGAAGAUCUCAAGGCGAUGGGCGAACAACUCGCAGCUCUUGAAAAGUCGUUGAUCUACAGUUUGUUGCCGGCCGAUAAAGACGAUGAUGGUAACGCCAUCAUUGAAAUUCGUGCCGGUACCGGUGGUGGCGAAGCACAGUUGUUUGCACACGAGAUGUUUCGCAUGUACGAAGGCUAUGCCGCCACGAAAGGCUGGCGUUUCGAAUCACUCGAUAUCUCCUACACCGAUGUCGGCGGUUGUCGUGAAGCAUCGGCAGCCAUCUCUGGCAAAGGAGUGUUCGGUUUCCUCAAGAAUGAAUCGGGUGUGCAUCGUGUCCAGCGAAUUCCAGACACCGAGACACAAGGUCGUAUUCACACGUCGACGACUACGGUCGCCAUCAUGCCGGAACCCAAGGAAGUGGACAUCAAGAUCAACGAUCGUGAUCUGAAGAUCGAUGUCUUCCGUAGUUCAGGAAACGGUGGUCAGUCUGUGAACACCACUGACUCGGCGGUGCGUAUCGUUCAUCUGCCUACGGGUAUCACCGUGUCGAUGCAAGACGAACGUUCACAACUCCAGAACAAAUCGAAAGCCAUGAAAGUACUGAGGGCGCGUCUCUACGAGAUGGAGAGAGUGCGUCUGCAGACCGAGCGAUCCGCCGAGAGAAACUCACAGAUCGGUGGUGCCACUCGUUCCGAGCGUAUUCGUACCUACAACUUCCCACAGGAUCGUGUUACCGAUCAUCGUGUCAACAUUACGACCAACGACAUCGAUGCAAUCAUGACCGGUGAAACUUUAGGUGAUUUCAUAGAGGAUAUCAUGUUACAAUUUCAAACUAAAGAUCUCAAUAAUCUUAUGGAUAUAAAAGAAUAA